AUGGACCUCGAAGAACUAUAUCAACCCCAAGGCAGCCGCCAUCUCAACUCAAACGACAAGUUUUUCCUCCAACAACGGCUCAUAUCCGGUCGCCCGUGGUUUUUGCGCUUCUCGGUUCUUCAGAUUGCAUUCGCCGCCAUGUUACGGUCGCUUCUGUCCCUGGGCCGAUCGGCGGAGUCCAACUAUGUUUUUCCCACAGUCGACCCGGCGAGGGACGGGCCCGACUGCUUGAAAGACUGCGCAGACUGCACCACGAAGUUCCCAUCAAGAGUAAAAGUGGAAAAUAUUCGCCCUCUGUACGGCCAUAUCAAGGAGUUCCAUUCCCAUGUCCUGGUCGCGACAGGGCGCUCUGACUGGAAGGAAAAGGUCGGGCAAGAAAAGGGAAGUCUAAUGGAGGCAUUCGAGGACGCAGAAUCAAAGCAGGGACGUAUGAUGGUCUCGGCGUCUAAUAUCCAGCCCCCAAACCACGAAAGCACGGAGGAUUACACAAAGCCAACGACAGUGCUUAUUCUGCCCUCGUUUACCUUUGUGGACUCCGUCUCUCAGGCUGAUGUCCCGACGCUAGUCAAGCAAUAUAUUGACACGCCUAUGGACGAAAAAAACGGCAACGGCACGGCUUCAAACGGGACCUCCAUGAGCACACGGCCGUGCGAUUUGGAUUAUGUGAUCUUGCUUUGCUCGCACCAGCGGCGCGACGCCCGCUGUGGCAUCACAGCCCCUCUCAUCAAACGUGAACUCGAGCGACAUCUCCGCGCACUGGGGCUCAAUCGUGAUUCGGACGAUUCGCGGCCGGGAGGCGCAGGGAUCUUCUUCGUCUCCCACGUCGGCGGGCACAAAUUCUCGGCCAACGUCCUCAUCUAUCGGAAACACGACCAGCAAAUGAUUUGGCUCGCCCGUGUGCGGCCCGAGCACUGCGAGGGUAUUGUGAAGUACACGAUCCUGCAAGGCAAAGUGGUCCACCCGGAAUCGCAACUGCGGGGUGGGUUUGAUCGCGUACGGGGGUUGACGAGUUGGUAA